GAUACAAUAACAACAGUUUUCAAUUUAUACUAUUUCUAGUCUACGGCGUGUACCACUCUGCACUCAUGAAACAUGGAGGGGACUGGGGACACAAUAAAUAAUUGUCUUUCAUAAACCAUAAGUGAUUAGAAUAGUAAACCACUAAACCAGAACUUCAUAAAUCAUGAAUAUCGUAAUGUCAUUACUCAUUUGUCGUUAAUCAUUUUUUCUAUUUAAACUAAUCCAAACUGAAAUCUGGAAUUCUGAAAUAGGUAUCGAACUCUCGAGUCAAGAAAAUUGAAACGAUCGUCGAUGGUUAAUCACCUAUCACACGAUCUAUAUAUUUUCUAUGCGAUCACUGUAACUACCUCCUCCAAAUAUUAUAAUAUGACCGGAAUAUUCUAACGAAUACGUUUUUUUUAUCCAAUACUAUCGAAUAUCGUCAACAUUAAUUAUGGAAUCAGGUUACCACUUGUUAUGUCCUUAACACGCGAUAGCAAUAAACGUUAUUUCUUAUAGUUUAUGCUUUAUUCUAUUCCCGAGUUCCCGACGUUAAGAUUAAAACAGUGGAGUCGAUCGACAGUCAAUAGAAUGGUUCAUCAUAUUUUGUUUGUAUUGUUUAAUAAUAAUAAUAAUUGUUAUGGUUAUAAUGUCAGAGUUCCUGUUAUAGCCGUUGUACACUAUAUCUAAUGUUUAGAACUCAAAAUGGCGUUGAACGACUGUAAAAAUCUCWUGUAUGACCAAGCUUGCUUACAAGUGUGGGCAGACAAUGUGCCGAACAUUUCUUUGUGGAUGCAAACGGAAGAAUGUUACAAAUGUGAUUUAUUGAAAAAAGAAAACAUAUCCAACAACGGAAUUACUUAUAUCAAAUUAAAUACAAUUUAUAGUCUCUGGCUAGAUUUAACCAAUGACAGCAACCAUAAUAAUUGCAGAACGCUUCAUACUUUUGAAGAACAUGGAGUUUAUCAAUGGAAUAUUACAAGCAAUUUCAAUUGUUCCCAAAUCAAACAAAUAUUAUCUCCUCAAGAUUUAUUCAUGCCAUUUGUCUAUGCAUUAUUGCUCAUAAUUCCGUCUUUUGCUGUUUGGUUUUUCAUAAAUUAUCUGCAAAGAACUUAUGUAGUGCCAUCUGUGUUCCGAUUUGCAUCAAAAACAGAUUUGGAUAUUGAAAAUACGGCCCCUAGCCGUGAUAUACAAACAUUUGAUGGUUCUGAUGUCGAAUUAAAAAAUGCGGAUUUUGGAACUGGUUCUAAUGAACCGGUUAUUAUUCAUCCUCAAAUUUCGACACCAGUCAAAAAUAAUAGCUAUCGCAUCACAUCAUUAGACACAUUUAGAGGGAUAUCUAUCAUAUUAAUGGUUUUUGUGAAUCUGGGAGGUGGACAUUAUUGGUUCUUUGAACAUUCCCCAUGGAAUGGUAUCACAUUAGCAGACUUUAUAUUGCCUUGGUUUUGUUGGGUCAUGGGAGUAAGCAUAGCCAUAUCAUUGCGGUCUCAACUUCGUUCAAGCACGAAAAGAAAAUAUGUCUUUGGCCGUAUUGUUCGAAGAUCAAUUGCCCUAUUGAUCAUGGGUUUAGUGCUGAAUUCUGUCAACAACAAUAAUUUGAAUACUUUUAGACCAAUGGGUGUAUUACAGAGACUAGCAUUUAUAUACUUCAUAGCAGCAACAUUGGAAACAAUUUUUAUGAAACCUCAACCCUAUUUUACAAAUACAAGAUUAGAUGUUAUCCGAGAUAUUAUUGAAAGUGCUCGGCAAUGGAUUAUAGUCAUCAUAUUAGUAGCUAUUCAUACUAUUAUUACUUUCUUUUUACCUGUACCUGGUUGCCCUAAAGGCUACUUGGGACCAGGGGGCCUCUACAAUAGUUCAUCAAACAUUAAUUGCACUGGUGGUGCUGCGGGAUAUAUUGAUAGGCUAGUAUUUGGCGAAAAUCAUAUGUACUCUGGUACACCUAAACCUGUUUAUCAGUCAUUACCAUUUGAUCCUGAAGGUAUUUUAAGUACUUUGACUAAUACUUUACUUGUAUAUAUGGGUGUACAUGCUGGUCGCAUUAUCUUAUGCUAUCAGUAUACUAACGAACGAAUUAAACGUUGGAUUGCUUGGACUAUAGUUCUAGGUCUAAUCGGAGGUUGUUUGUGUAACUUUUCCAAAGAAGAUGGCUUAAUACCAAUUAAUAAAAAUUUAUUCUCUUUGUCUUAUGCAUUUAUUACUGGAAGCUCUGCAUUCUUGAUAUUCAUUAUACUGUUCUUAAUUAUUGAACAUUGGAGACUUUGGGGUGGAUCACCAUUUAAUGAGAUUGGUCAAAAUUCAAUUAUGUUAUACCUUGGACACAAUAUAUUUUACAAUACACUUCCAUGGAGGUGGCAACCGGUAAAUGAGACUUCUCACACGGAGUAUUUAGUGAUGGAUUGUUGGGCUACAAUAUUUUGGUGUGCAAUAGCAUUAGUGAUGCACAAGAAAAAUAUAUUUAUUGUAGUGUAAUUAAUUAUUGAUUAUUAAAUGUUAGAUUUAUAUCAAUAGCUUAGUUACUAAUGACUUAAGAAUGUAGCGUUUUUAUUGUUCAAAAACCAAUGUAGUAAAAACCGUCACAUUAUCUGAUUAUUUUCUAACUAUAUUAUGAAUUAUCAAAAUAGGAUUAAAAACCGUUUUCAUUAACCAAAAUUGUUUUUAAUUUGUUUAUUGAUCUUCAAGUAUAGAAAAAUACAUUUUGAUUGUUGACUGUUGAGUUUGAAGAAUUAUAAAAAUUGCUGUGUAUUUAAAGAAAACAAAUCGAAGUUCCUGAGAAACUUCCAUAUUUUAAUUAUUGUCAUUAGUUAAAUUUAAAUACAUAUAAUUGUACUUAACUAUUUUAUU